AGAGGGAGCCGGGAUUUUUCGGGGCUUGCUCCUUUCACGGUUCCGGGGAAAAACGCCCCGCUUUUUCCGGGCAGCCGAAGCAGACACCGGUCACGCGUGCUGCCUUCAUCACACCACACCUAGACAGCGCCAACAACACCCCAGAGUGCUUCCCACGGCAAGUCGACCACCAUGGCUGGGCGCGGGAAGCGCCAGGAUCCCAAGGACCCCGCAGCGCAACGCAGGGAAAGCGCCGUCGAGGAGCUGUCGACGAGGAGAAUGUAUCCCAGGAAGACAAGAGAUUCAUUAACGGUCCUGGGUCUUCUGAGGGCCGUCGUAGUGGCGGCGGGCGUCGUGGCAGCAGGAGAAGCUCAUCGUGCCCACUGCCCUCAGGAACGGCAGCCCAUCUACGAGCCCAAGCGACUUCCGUAGGCCCAACACGAGGCGGACCUCGAUCAAUGGCACGGCUGACGGGUCGUACCGCAUUGAGAAAGGCAGUUUCCACUAGCUCUUGGAGCUACUCCGCCCUUCCCUGAAAAUCAACGCCUACUUCGGCGGUGAGUGUUGAUGUGUAGAGCAGCGCUCACGGCACGUAUGCGUAAGGCUCCCUCUGGUGUUCAUAUAUGUAGAUCCGGGGACGAGCAACUCAAAACCAAGGGAGAAACGAUAUUAUUACAGCUGUAGAAUACUUUACUGCUGUAGUCUAUGUUCCUGCUGUCUCUUUCAAAAAUAAAAACUCGCUCGUCGAAGUAGCAGCACCAUGCAGGAACAUACAGCAGUGCCGCAGCAUAUCUACAGCAGAACUGCUGUAGUACGCAUAUUGUACAGCAGCAGUCAUUGUACUAAGUAUGAGAACAACGCUGAGGUGAUAAAAACAGAGCCGUCUCAGGACCGUAGUCGGGAGGUGGACUGGGCCGGCAAUCUGACGAGUUUGUCGAGAACAUGCUUCCCCCGUCAUAGGUUGCUAAUUAGGUGCUGGCGAUUGCAAACAUGCCCCCUCUGACACUCGUGUGACCGGCAAAAAUUAUCUGUGCGUCGCUCGGAAACCCCACAGCACCGCGAUCGCCACGCAACGGCGCCAUAGCUGUGGAAGUUCGCGUUGCCGUGGCGUUGAGGAUUCUGGCUGGCGCCAGUUUCUGGGAUAUCACCCUCAUGUUUGGCUUGGCGGUGCCGGUCACGUACCAGAUCUUGUGGGAUGUUGGGUAAACCGGGUAGGCCGAAGCUUGAAGCCCCCCUGCUCGUAUGCAUCGUAAUGAUGAUACGGCAAGUUAAUAUUAUUCCAUUUACGACCCAUAACGUGGAUCCUACUCCUCCAUGACAAACAAAUAACCAAGGACUCGAUUAUGCAAACGUUCCUGAACCCACACCGUCUGGUCUCAUCGCCUUCAUUCCUUCUCUGCAAAACGCUCUUGUUCUGGUCCAUCCUUUCUCAGCACUUCGCCGCAACGACACCCGCAAAGUACUUAUGUCCUCCGCACAUCUCAAAGCAUUAAACAAUCCAUUGAACCAAACCUAUAGUCUAUGUGGAACUCCUCUUCAUUUACUUUCCAAACACGGAUCAACUCGUAGAGAAUCGCCUUCUUCGUUCUGGGUCUGAUUACAUCCAUCCGACUACGAAUCCUACCAAGACAAAACAAACUUUCACAUAGAACAAGCGUACGCGUUUCAUGCCCAAUUCGCAGGUAAAAUGCUUCUAGGCAUGGUAUGAAUCCACUAUACGCACUUUUCCGACCAAACAACACACAUCCCCAAACAUUCGUUCAGCGUUGAGAUCAUUUGAGCAGAAAAUACGCGAGUAUUUUUCCUACUGUAUUGUUUCUCUCUAGAAACUUCGCACCAGCUACCGCGAAUUCCUUCCCAAAGAACAACGUGCCCCCCUGCUCUGGGAGAUUCGCCCCCCUGAUUUUAGAAGGGGUCGGAGAUCUGAACCACAGCCCAAAACAACAACAUUCAAUAUUCGUCCAGUCGAAACCCAAGAAAAACAAUCCUGCUGCAAAUAAAUCCCGACGAAACACCAAAACCAAAUCAAAUCCAAUGCCGAAACAACGUUCGCCAAUCCGAAUGACAGAAACCAAUCCAAUACCAAGGCCAAAAUCCAAUCCAUCGCAUCAAAACAAAACAUUCGAAAAUCCUCCAAUUCCAUACCAAAACAGGAACACUCGAAACCCCUACAUUUGCCGGCGCAUCAACCUCCAGCGCUUAUCCCAUUGCCAGAGCCAUUGUUUCUAUCCCCCCCAGCGGAUAUUUCGCACGCCUUCGUCGCGGUCGCCUUUCGCCUUUCAUCUUGUCCGGCUGGCCGCGACUCGAGCUUGGAUGAUUGCGUCCGCCUGGAGUGGGGGAAUAACAGUUGUCGCUCCUGGAGGAUUGACUCGGCGGUGGUGCAGGGCAGGUCGCGCGUUUGGAGGGGAAGAUGGCGGCAGAUGAGUUCCGAACAAACCAGCACUACUGAGGAGAAUCACAUACUACCAACAUACAUUCCCCCCGGUUCUGCGCAAUAGUGACUGCAGCAGAAAAAGCAACAAAUGAAUUCACACUUUCAAGUCGUCGGACCCUACUUGUGGAAUAGUUUGUCUGAAAUUACCGAUCACUGCGACAUUGCCACUCUAUAAAUAGCUGAAUAUCAUCCUGAAACGGAGGCUGAUCGUCCUCGAUCACAAAAUAAUAUUACAGCCGCUGCUCCUUCCUGCUCUGACCAUAGGGUAAUCAAUCCUGAGUCAAAACCUUAACAAGUUGGAACCGCAACCUCACAACAAAUAGCAACCUUAAGACAAUGUAUAACAAUAUUCGGAAACCAGCAUUUAUUUCGUCAACAUUGUGGAUUUUUAGUCUGCAAUACGGUGGAGGUACCAAUCAAUGUUGCACGUCGCUGAGACUUCACACGUCUCUGGUACUAGCUGACACAACCAAGACAUGGAAAGUUUUUGAUCAGGUUAAAGCUGCUACCCAAAGAGAGUCCAGAUAAAACGUUGAUCACGCAUUUUUGAUCAGGCUAAACCUG